CGAUUGAUAUCCCCAGAUCAAUUCGAUUCUACCAUAUCAAUCGCCCACCAUGGCUCCCUCUCAGCUUCCCCCGAUCUUCAACCCUACCUCCCAGGACAUUGAGAUGCUCCUGGCCGCCCAGUGCCACAUGGGUUCUAAGAACCUCCAGGUGCACAUGGAGCCUUACCUCUGGAAGACUCGCCCCGACGGUGUCAACGUGAUCAACAUUGGCAAGACCUGGGAGAAGAUCGUCCUGGCCGCUCGUAUCAUCGCCGCCAUUGACAACCCCGCCGAUGUCUGUGUCAUCUCCGCUCGUCCCUACGGCCAGCGCGCUGUCCUGAAGUUCGCCGCCCACACCGGUGCCACCGCCAUUGCUGGUCGCUUCACCCCCGGUAACUUCACCAACUACAUCACCCGCUCUUUCAAGGAGCCCCGUCUCAUCGUCGUGACCGACCCCCGCACCGAUUCCCAGGCCAUCAAGGAGGCCAGCUACGUCAACAUCCCCGUCAUCGCUCUUUGCGACACCGACUCCCCCACCGACUUCGUUGACGUCGCCAUCCCCACCAACAACAAGGGUCGCCACGCCAUCGGUCUUGUCUGGUGGCUCCUUGCCCGUGAGGUCCUCCGCCUCCGCGGCACCCUCGCCUCCCGCGAGGUCGACUGGGACGUUGUUGUCGAUCUCUACUUCUACCGCGACCCUGAGGCCGAGGAGAACAAGGAGAUCGCCGAGGAGGCCAAGGCCGCCUCUGCCGAGGAGGUCGGCGCUGGUGCUAUCGAGUCCGGAUAUGCCGGUGAGAACUGGGAUGCCCAGGCUGCUGCCCCCGCUGCUUUCGCUGCCACCGGCGCUGGUGCUACCAGCUGGGAGGCUGAUGGUGGUGACUGGGCUGCCGCUGCUCCGGCUCCUGCCACCGAGAGCUGGGCCGAGACUCAGCCCACCGAGGCCAAGUGGUAAAUCUUGGAUGAAGGUGAAGACUGUCGCUGAAAAGAACUCGGUCACAUCCUGGGCGAUUUGGGAGACUUGUGGCUUGUCUGCAUUCUGUACGACAUAGGCACACUAAUACCCUCUUAUCUUCCGCAAAAAUCCCUUGACAUGUCUAUCCUAGUCUCUCUGUUCAACGAUUCUCUCAUACCAAACAAAAAAAAGAAACGAGGUUCAAAAAAGAAAAAGAAAUCUUGAAGUCGGGCAUCAGCCAUGGUAUGGUACCGCUCAUUCUACAUUUUUUUUUAUU